AUGGUCGGGGUUGGGAACCCCGACCAUUUUGUGCAUGCAUGCCACACCAUUGUCGACGCCGCGAGGAGCCCACCGCUGAUAAGCGCAGCUUCGUUGCCGUCGUCGUUGGCUGCGAUUGCCCCCAUACUUCGAGUUGCUAACGAGAUCGAGCAGCUCAAUCCUCGAGUUGCUUAUUUGUGCCGAUUUCAUGCAUUUGAGAAGGCCCACAACUUGGAUCCUACAUCAAGUGGGCGCGGUGUACGGCAAUUCAAAACAUACCUCUUACAUAAACUUGAAAAGGAUGAAGUGGAAACAAAACCACAGCUUGCAAAAAAUGAUCCUAAAGAAAUACAGAAAUUCUACCAGUGGUACUACGAAAAUUAUGUCAAAGAAGGCCCCACCAAACGGAAACCUGAAGAGAUUGCAAAGCAUUAUCAGACAGCAUCAGUGCUAUAUGAUGUGCUGAAAACUGUGGUACCCUCUGACAAAGUUGAUGCGGAGAUAAGUAGAUAUGCUAGAGAAGUUGAGAGAAAGAAAGUUCACUUUGGCCAUUAUAAUAUUCUUCCUCUUCAUUUUUCUGGUGCUGCUCCAGCAAUUAUGGAACUUUCGGAGAUCAAAGCAGCUGUCACUGCUUUAUGUAAUGUGGAGAAUCUCCCAAUGCCCAGAGUUCACCAAGCGGCAAGUGCACGACCAAAUAGCGAUGGAUCUUUGAUUUCCUCGGAUGAGGAUAAGCCGGUCCAUGAUUUGCUUGACUGGCUUUGGUUGACAUUUGGAUUUCAGAAAGGGAAUGUGGAGAAUCAAAGGGAACACUUGAUUUUGUUACUCGCCAACAUGGACAUAAGAAAUAAGGCCGAAGAUCGCUAUGCCCUGUUGGACAAUUAUACUGUGGAGCAACUCUUGGACAAAGUUUUUAAAAACUACAGUUCAUGGUGUCACUAUUUGCACUGUGACUCUAGUCUUAAGUUCCCAAAUAAUGCUGAGAAACAACAGUUGCAAAUUCUUUAUAUUGGACUGUAUCUCCUUAUCUGGGGGGAAGCUUCGAAUAUUCGUUUUAUGCCUGAAUGCCUUUGUUACAUCUUCCAUUGUAUGGCAAAAGAGCUGCAUGGAAUUAUAUUUGCCAAUGUACAUUCCGCUAGUGGAGGAUAUUUUGAACCAGCAUAUCAAGGGGAAGAAUCAUUUUUGCGAGAUGUUGUGACUCCUAUCUAUCAGGUCUUGCGGAAGGAAGUCCAAAGAAACAAAAUGGGCACUUCUAGUCAUUCCAAAUGGAGAAAUUAUGAUGAUCUAAAUGAAUACUUCUGGUCAAGGGAUUGCUUCAAAAUAGGAUGGCCUAUGGACCUCAAAGCAGACUUUUUCAUUCAUACGGAGGAGAUACACCCUAAAAAAGAACACCAUGACCAACUUAGUAAUGGACGAGUUAGUAGCGGGCGGAGGAAGCCCAAAACAAAUUUUGUUGAAGUACGCACCUUUUGGCAUCUAUUUAGAAGUUUUGACCGCAUGUGGACAUUCUUCACAUUGGCUUUUCAGGCCAUGCUAAUUGUUGCAUGGAGUCCAUCAGGAUCUAUUACAGCUAUCUUUAAUCCGGAUGUUUUUAGAAGUGUUUUGAGUAUCUUCAUAACUGCUGCGUUACUCAAUUUCCUUCAAGCCACUUUAGAUAUCAUUCUUAGUUGGAAGUCUUGGGGAAGCAUGCGAUACACCCAGAUUAUUCGGUAUCUUCUGAAAUUUGCUGUAGCAGCUGCAUGGCUGGUAGUGCUGCCUUUAAUUUUGCUAUUAUAUACUCUAUUCUGGAUUCUGUUACUCAUCAGCAAGCUUUCAUUCAGUUACUAUGUUGAGGGAGGACUAAAAUCCCCAACACUUACUUACACCAAAUGUUUAUCGCCAAUAGGCUACUCCAGCACUGUCCAGAAUCCUACUGGACUUGUUAAAUUCUUCAGUACGUGGGCUAGCAAUUGGCGGAGCCAGUCAUUCUUUAAUUUUGCUAUUGCCAUUUACAUAAUACCGAACAUUCUGGCUGCCUUGCUGUUUAUGGUUCCACCACUUCGGAGGACCCUGGAGCGUUCUAAUAAUCGUUUAAUCACUCUUCUGAUGUGGUGGUCACAGCCCAAGUUAUAUGUAGGAAGAGGCAUGCAUGAGGACAUGUUCUCACUUCUCAAAUAUACUCUAUUCUGGAUUCUGUUACUCAUCAGCAAGCUUUCAUUCAGUUACUAUGUUGAGAUAUACCCUUUAGUUGAACCAACAAAGGUGAUCAUGACCGCUGGAAUUGGGUCAUACGAAUGGCACGAAUUCUUCCCUUACUUGAAACAUAAUAUGGGUGUAGUUAUAACAAUAUGGGCGCCAAUUGUUCUGGUGUAUUUCAUGGAUGCACAGAUAUGGUAUGCCAUUUUCUCCACUAUCUUUGGAGGCAUUCAGGGUGCUUUUAGCCACCUGGGUGAGAUACGGACUCUCGGAAUGUUAAGGUCCAGAUUUGAGUCAGUGCCUUCUGCUUUUAGUGAACGCCUUGUACCACCACCCUUGAAGGCAGAAUCCAGUAGAAAUGAGGAAGAGGUGGAAAGAAGGAACAUAGCCAAGUUUUCACAUGUGUGGAAUGGAUUCAUCAAUUCUUUACGACAGGAAGACCUGAUAAGCAACAAUGAGAAAGAUCUGUUACUGGUGCCAUAUUCUUCAGGUGUAUCUGUUGUGCAGUGGCCUCCAUUUCUUCUCGCCAGUAAGAUACCCAUAGCGCUUGACAUGGCUAAAGAUUUCAAGAAGGGUGAUGCAGAACUAUUUAAGAAGAUCAAGAAUGACAGAUACAUGUCAGCUGCAGUCACUGAAUGUUAUGAAACAUUGAGAGACAUACUUUAUAGUCUUUUGGUUGAUGAAGCGGACAGACACGUUAUUAGGCAGAUAUGUCAUACAGUAGAUACGAGCAUCCAGCAGCGCAAGUUUCUUAGUAAUUUCAAGACUAGUGAAUUGCCCCAGCUCAGUAGUAAAUUGGAGAGACUACUAACUCUUUUGAAAGGUGAUCAUGAAGAUCUUAAUUCCUCUAGGACACAAAUCAUCAAUGUAUUACAAGAUAUAAUGGAGAUCAUUCAACAGGAUGUGAUGACUAGUGGGCAUGGCACAUUGGACAAAGCUCAAGCAGACACAUACGAGCAUGCAAACAAGCAUGACAAAACCAAACUCAAAUUUGCAAACAUAAACCUUGAUCUCAUGGGAAACAAGUCCUGGAUGGAGAAGGUGGUUCGGCUUCAUUUGCUCCUGACGGUCAAGGAAUCUGCAAUAAAUGUACCGACGAAUUUGGAUGCUCGGCGCCGCAUUACUUUCUUUGCGAAUUCCCUGUUUAUGAGAAUGCCAACUGCUCCAAAAGUUCGUCAGAUGCUUCCUUUCAGUGUUCUGACUCCAUAUUAUAAAGAAGAAGUGCUUUAUUCCGAAGAAGAACUUAACAAAGAAAACGAGGACGGUAUAACAAUUUUGUUUUAUCUACAGAAAAUAUAUCCAGAUGAGUGGAGAAACUUCAUGGAACGUGUAAGUCGUCCAAAGGACGAAACCUCAGAGAAGGAAAUGAUGGAUUCAGUCCGCCAAUGGGUAUCAUACAGAGGACAGACGCUUUCCAGAACAGUGAGAGGAAUGAUGUACUACAGACAGGCCCUUGAGCUGCAAUGCUUUCUAGACAUGGCAGAGGAUCAUGCUAUCUUAGGUGGCUCCAGAACAAUAUCUCCAGACAAGAAUUAUCACGACCAAGUGGCUUAUGCUCAACGUUCAGAAGCUAUUGCAGAUAUGAAGUUUACCUAUGUGGUUUCAUGUCAGAUCUAUGGAAUGCAGAAAAAAUCCAGUGUUGCCCAUGACAAGAGUUGUUACCAAAAUAUACUUAACUUGAUGUUGCUGUAUCCUUCACUACGUGUUGCCUACAUCGAUGAGAGGGAAGAGAAAGUGAAUGAAAAACCUGAGAAAGCUUAUUACUCUGUGCUUGUUAAAGGUGGUGAUAAGUUGGAUGAGGAAAUUUAUCGUAUUAAGCUCCCUGGAAAACCCACGGAUAUUGGUGAAGGGAAGCCUGAAAAUCAAAAUCAUGCCAUAAUUUUCACCAGGGGGGAAGCACUACAGACUAUUGACAUGAAUCAGGAUAAUUACCUUGAAGAAGCAUUCAAAAUUAGAAAUGUUUUGGGGGAGUUCAUAAAGUCUCGUCAUCGCCCGCCUACAAUAUUGGGUCUUCGGGAGCAUAUUUUCACUGGAAGUGUUUCUUCUCUUGCAUGGUUCAUGUCCAACCAAGAAACCAGUUUUGUGACUAUUGGCCAGCGAAUUUUAGCAGAUCCUCUCAAGGUUCGGUUCCAUUAUGGUCAUCCUGAUAUAUUUGAUAGAAUCUUUCACCUUACAAGAGGUGGCAUAAGCAAAGCUUCAAAAGGAAUCAAUUUAAGUGAGGAUAUUUUUGCUGGUUACAAUUCAACUCUUCGUGGAGGCAAUGUUACUCAUCAUGAAUAUAUACAAGUGGGGAAGGGACGUGAUGUUGGAAUGAAUCAAAUUUCACAAUUUGAGGCAAAGGUGGCAAAUGGAAAUGGAGAACAAACACUGUGUCGAGAUGUUUACCGGUUGGGACGUAGAUUUGACUUUUACAGGAUGUUGUCUUUCUAUUUCACCACAGUGGGAUUCUAUUUCAGUAGCAUGGUUACAGUACUUACAGUGUAUGUUUUCUUGUAUGGGCGAUUAUAUUUGGUUAUGAGUGGUUUGGAGGGCUCCAUCCUUGAGAAUCCAAGUGUGCAACCAAACAUUAAGUCUCUCGAAAGUGCUCUUGCAUCCCAAUCUGUUUUUCAGCUUGGGUUGUUAUUAGUUCUUCCCAUGAUAAUGGAAAUUGGCUUGGAGAAGGGAUUUCGCACAGCCCUUGGUGAAUUUAUCAUUAUGCAACUGCAAUUGGCCUCUGUUUUUUUCACAUUCCAGCUCGGGACCAAGGCUCAUUACUAUGGGAGGACGAUACUCCAUGGGGGAUCCAAAUAUAGAGCCACUGGCCGUGGGUUCGUGGUGUUCCAUGCCAAGUUUGCCGAAAACUACAGAAUGUAUUCUCGCAGUCACUUUGUUAAAGGUUUGGAGAUGAUGAUACUGCUGGUGGUAUACCAAGUCUAUGGCAGAUCAUAUCGAAGCUCAACUCUUUACCUCUUCGUUACAUUCUCAAUGUGGUUUUUGGUUGCCUCAUGGUUGUUUGCACCGUUUGUGUUCAAUCCGUCAGGGUUUGAGUGGCAGAAAACGGUUGAUGAUUGGACUGAUUGGCAAAAGUGGAUGGGAAAUCGUGGUGGAAUUGGGAUAUCAGUAGAUAGGAGCUGGGAAUCUUGGUGGGAAAGUGAGCAGGAGCAUCUAAAGCACACUAGUAUUCGUGCGAGAUUGCUGGAGAUCAUCCUGGCCCUUCGCUUCCUCAUCUUUCAGUAUGGGAUUGUGUACCACCUUAACAUUGCCCAUCACAGCCGAAGCAUUCUGGUUUAUGGAUUGUCAUGGCUGGUCAUGUUAAUUGUUCUGUUGGUUCUGAAGAUGGUCUCAAUGGGAAGGCGAAAGUUUGGUACAGACUUUCAACUCAUGUUCCGAAUCCUCAAAGUUCUCCUCUUCCUCGGAUUUUUGUCAGUGAUGACGGUUCUAUUUGUAGUCUGCGGUCUCACGGUACCGGAUGUCUUUGCCAGCAUUCUAGGCUUCAUGCCAACUGGCUGGUCUAUUCUUCUGAUUGGACAAGCGACGAAACCACUUGUUAAGAGGGUGGGCUUCUGGGACUCGAUAAGAGAACUGGGAAGGGCCUAUGAGUAUGUGAUGGGCCUCGUACUCUUUGCACCGAUUGCCGUGUUGGCUUGGUUCCCCUUUGUUUCGGAGUUCCAGACGAGGUUGCUCUUCAACCAGGCGUUCAGUCGAGGACUGCAGAUCUCAAGGAUUCUUGCAGGGAGGAAAGAUAGCAACACGUAUUAAUGUUUCCUCCCUAAGACGCUUGAUGCAUGUUUUCUUCUUCUUUUUUUCCUUCUUUUUGCGCUGGUGAUGUCUAUUAUUAUUUUUACUAAACGAAACAUAAUGCUUCAUCUUCACAGUACUCUCUCGUAUGCGAAGUGUUGAAAGCUUGUCAAAAAAACUCCAAAUUCAUACUGGUAACAUGUUAAAUGAAAUUUAGGCAUGUCAGGGUGGUAACAAUCUAUGGUAUGAAACUGAGAUUAUACCUUGUGCUA